CAGAUACUUCAAGGCUGAGGAAAAAUGCUGAGCAUCCGGUUGGAAGGAUCAGUGACAACCGAGCUGCUGGUGGUGCACCAAGAGUGGGAACAGUCGUCUUCACUGUGCUAGUCGUCAUUAAUCUGAACUGCCAGUAGUCCCCCCUACCAUUUUGAGAUUGCACAGGAGAACACUAAUAUCCUAGGAAGCAGCCACGUGUAACAGGAUGUUUGGACGAUGAUGAUGGCAAGGAAGCAAGAUGUUCGCAUUCCCACCUACAACAUCAGUGUGGUGGGGUUGUCUGGGACAGAGAAAGAGAAAGGGCAGUGUGGCAUUGGGAAGUCCUGCCUGUGCAAUCGGUUCGUACGGCCAAGAGCAGAUGACUUCCAUUUGGACCACACUUCAGUUCUCAGUACCAGUGAUUUUGGAGGAAGGGUUGUUAACAAUGACCACUUUUUGUAUUGGGGAGAAGUUGCGCGUUCUUUGGAGGACUGUGUGGAAUGUAAAAUGCAUAUUGUGGAACAGACUGAAUUUAUUGAUGACCAGACUUUCCAGCCUCACCGCAGCACUGCCCUGCAGCCCUAUAUCAAAAGGGCAGCUGCAACCAAACUUGCAUCAGCUGAAAAGCUCAUGUACUUUUGCACUGAUCAGCUUGGACUGGAGCAGGACUUUGAGCAGAAGCAGAUGCCAGAUGGGAAGCUCCUGAUAGAUGGCUUUCUUCUCUGCAUUGAUGUCAGCAGGGGCAUGAACAGGAACUUUGAUGAACAGCUCAAGUUUGUUUCAAACCUAUACAAUCAACUCACAAAGACAAAAAAGCCCACAGUGGUGGUUCUGACAAAAUGUGAUGAAGGUGUGGAGCGGUACAUUAGAGAUGCGCAUACUUUUGCCUUAAGUAAAAAGAACCUUCAGGUGGUAGAGACCUCUGCCAGAUCCAAUGUAAAUGUUGACUUGGCUUUCAGCACUUUAGUGCAGCUGAUUGACAAAAGCAGGGGAAAGACUAAAAUUAUCCCUUACUUUGAGGCUUUGAAACAGCAGAGCCAGCAGAUCGCUGCUGCGAAAGAUAAGUAUGAGUGGCUGGUGAGCCGUAUUGUUAAAAACCACAAUGAAACCUGGUCAAAUGUCUCACGAAAGAUGCAAUCCUCUCCAGAGUAUCAGGAUUAUGUCUACUUGGAAGGGACGCAAAAAGCCAAGAAGCUUUUCUUACAACACAUCUGUCGACUCAAACAAGAGCAUAUAGAGCGCAGGAGGAAGAUGUACCUUGCCAUGUUGCCCCUUGCUUUUGACGCCCUUAUUCCAAAUCUAGAUGAAAUAAACCACUUAAGUUGCAUUAAAGCGGAGAAGCUGUUGGAGACUAAGCCAGACUUCUUAAAGUGGUUCGUAGUUCUCGAGGAGACCCCCUGGGACGCUACCAGUCAUAUAGACAACAUGGAGAAUGAUCGCAUCCCAUUUGAUGUGAUGGAUACUCAGCCUGCACAGCAACUCUAUGAGACCCAUCUAGAAAAGCUGAGGAAUGAGAGGAAAAGGGCAGAAAUGAGAAGGGCUUUCAAAGAGAAUUUGGAGACUUCCCCUUUCAUAACACCAGGGAAACCUUGGGAAGAAGCUCGCAGUUUCAUCAUGAAUGAGGAUUUUUAUAUGUGGCUAGAGGAAUCUGUGUACAUGGAUAUUUACAGUAGGCAUCAAAAACAAAUUAUUGAGAAAGCCAAGGAGGAGUUCCAGGAACUGCUCCUAGAAUAUUCAGAACUCUUUUAUGAGUUGGAGCUUGAUGCCAAACCCAGCAAAGAAAAAAUGGGUGUCAUUCAGGAUGUGUUGGGUGAAGAGCAAAGGUUUAAAGCAUUACAAAAGCUGCAAGCUGAACGAGAUGCCCUGAUAUUGAAACACAUUCAUUUUGUCUAUCAUCCAACAAAGGAAACUUGUCCCAGCUGCCCUGCCUGUAUAGAUGCUAAAAUAGAGCACUUAAUAAGUUCCAGGUUUAUAAGACCAUCUGAUCGCAAUCAGAAAAACUUGCUUUCAGAUUCCAAUAUAGAUAGAAUCAACUUAGUCAUUCUUGGUAAAGAUGGACUUGCACGUGAGCUAGCCAAUGAGAUUCGAGCUCUUUGUACAAACGAUGACAAGUACGUGAUAGAUGGGAAAAUGUAUGAGCUCUCCUUGAGACCAAUAGAGGGUAAUGUCAGACUUCCGGUUAAUUCUUUCCAGACGCCAACAUUUCAGCCACAUGGUUGCCUCUGCCUCUAUAACUCUAAGGAAUCCUUGUCUUAUGUCGUUGAAAGUAUUGAAAAGAGUAGAGAGUCAACACUUAGCCGAAGGGACAAUCAUUUAGCGCAUCUUCCUCUUACCCUAAUUCUAGUAAACAAGAGAGGGGAUACCAGUGGAGAAACACUACACAGUUUAAUACAACAAGGUCAGCAGAUUGCUAGUAAAUUGCAGUGUGUAUUCCUUGACCCAGCUUCUGCUGGUAUAGGAUAUGGGCGCAACAUUAAUGAAAAGCAAAUCAGUCAAGUCCUGAAAGGCUUGCUGGACUCAAAGCGCAACUUAAAUCUUGUAAGUUCAACAGCAAGCAUUAAAGAUCUGGCUGAUAUUGAUCUUCGGAUUGUCAUGUGCUUGUUGUGUGGAGAUCCUUUUAAUGCAGAUGAUAUCCUUCUGCCUGUUCUUCAGUCCCAAACCUGUCGGCCUUCUCCUUCUGGAAGUAGUAAUUCUGUGUUACUUGAAUAUCCCAUAGGACCACACAAGAGGCGCAUAGAACUCUCCUUGCUUUCUUUCCAUUCUGCCUUUAGCAUUAGAAAAAGCUGGUUGGUCCAUGGUUAUAUUUUGUUUUACUCAGCUAAGCGUAAGGCAUCUUUGGCUAUGUUACGUGCCUUUCUUUGUGAAGUACAGGAUAUUAUCCCUGUUCAGAUUGUGGCACUCACUGAUGGUUCAGUCGAUGUUCUAGACAAUGAUUUAAGUAGAGAACAGUUAACAGAAGGGGAGGAAAUUGCCCAGGACAUAGAAGGAAAGUUUACAAGCAUCCCAUGCAGUCAGCCUCAACAUAAGCUAGAGAUCUUUCACUUGUUUUUCAAAGAUGUUGUGGAGAGAAAAAACAUCAUUGAAGCUACACACAUGUAUGACAAUGCCGCUGAAGCCUGCAGCACCACGGAAGAAGUGUUUAAUUCUCCCCGGGCUGGCUCCCCUCUCUGUAAUUCCAAUCUUCAGGAUUCGGAAGAAGAUACUGAGCCUCCAACCUACAGCCCUUUCAAAGAUGAUAUGUCCAUGCCCACCUUGUCCAAAGAUCUUUCAAAACUUUCCAUGGAACUGGAGGGGAACGAUGGGCUUUCUGUCUUUUCUGUUAUGAGCACUUUUGAAAGCAAACUGAACAACAAAGUACCUCCACCAGUGAAACCAAAGCCCCCUGUCCAUUUUGAUAUUACCAAGGGGGAUCUCUCUUAUUUGGAGCAAGGACAUAGAGAGGGACAACGGAAACCUGUCUCUUCUAGUAGCUGGCCACCUACUGAUGGCUUUGACCCUUCUGAUUAUGCAGAACCAAUGGAUGCAGUGGUAAAACCAAGGAACGAGGAGGAAAAUAUCUAUUCUGUGCCUCACGACAGUACCCAAGGCAAAAUCAUCACCAUUCGUAACAUAAACAAAACACAGUCCAAUGGUAGCGGCAAUGGGUCAGACAGUGAAAUGGACACUAGCUCGUUAGAGCGUGGUCGCAAGGUAUCCAUAAUUAGUAAACCGGUGCUGUAUCGGACAAGGUGCACGAGACUUGGGCGAUUUGCCAGUUUCAGGACAAGUUUCAGUAUAGGGAGUGAUGAUGAAUUGGGGCCCAUCAGGAAGAAAGAGGAAGACCAGACUUCCCAGGGUUAUAAAGGAGAUAAUGCUGUAAUUCCCUAUGAGACUACUGAUGAAGACCCAAGGAAAAGAAAUAUCUUGCGUAGCUUGAGGAGAACAACCAAGAAACCAAAGCCCAAGCCUCGACCAUCUAUCACAAAGACUACAUGGGAGAGCAACUAUUUUGGGGUGCCUUUGACCACUGUAGUGACCCCAGAGAAGCCCAUUCCUAUUUUUAUUGAGAGAUGCAUUGAAUACAUUGAAGCAACAGGGUUGAGUACUGAAGGGAUCUACCGAGUGAGUGGAAACAAAUCUGAGAUGGAAAGUUUACAGCGGCAGUUUGACCAAGAUCAUAACCUAGACCUUGCAGAGAAGGAUUUCACUGUGAAUGCCGUAGCUGGAGCCAUGAAGAGCUUCUUCUCAGAACUGCCUGAACCCCUGGUACCUUACAACAUGCAGAUUGAGCUGGUGGAGGCCCACAAGAUCAACGACAGAGAGCAGAAACUGCAUGCACUUAAAGAGGUGCUGAAGAAAUUUCCCAAGGAGAAUUAUGAGGUCUUCAAAUAUGUUAUCUCUCACUUGAACAAAGUGAGCCACAACAGCCGAACCAACCUGAUGACCAGCGAGAACCUCUCCAUCUGCUUUUGGCCCACAUUGAUGAGGCCCGACUUCAGCACCAUGGAUGCCCUCACCGCCACGCGCAUUUAUCAGACAAUCAUCGAACUCUUCAUCCAGCAGUGCUCUUUCUUUUUCUACAGCCGGCCCAUCGUCGAGCCCCCAGGCGCCACUCCCAAUUCUCCCUCGGCCAUCCCCAUCAGCACACCUUUCCUGUCCUCCACACCUGUGAUAACCCAGCCGUCUCCUCCGCAGACGCCUCCACCUUCGCCCCAGUCUCCUCUCCAGUCCCUUCUGCCCCCCCAGCUUCAGGCCGAGCAGCACACACUGUGAACCAAGGCCCAGUCAGGAAGAAAGGUCUGCUUCCGUUCUGGCGCAUAGAACAAGACUGGGAAGCUGCUCCACCCUGGCAUCUCUUGGCCCUCUCUCUCCUCCCAUCAUUUGGUUACAAACUUCAGUUGGGCUAAGCAAUGGCAGGCUGGCACAUUGGACCCCUCUGAAGCCUCGUUCUGCCUCGGUGCCUGGCAUGGGAGGGCACGCCAAGUCUAGGAGGAGGAUGUUGUUCUCAGUGGGAAGAGAUUUGGACCUCUCUUUCCAGGCAGAAUCAAUUCCAUCAGGAUCUACUCUGACCCCAAGCAAGGCUGCAGAACGCAAGCGAACACUGCCAAGUUCAGCUGGGCAGGGUUAGCCCAGUGGCUUUGGACCAGUCCCUUCUCGGCCUCAAUCAGUGCGUGAACAGAGAGGACUGUUGGAGCAAGAGGCGUCCCCCCUCCACCAAGCACAUUCCAGGAACGAUUAUAACUGAGGCCUAUCCUGCAGUGCUGGACAUCUCACCUGGGUUGGGGACCAUACCUUUUAAUUUAGACCAAUUUGUACCACCCCAGUAGUAGCUCAGAAGAUCCGAAUCAACUCAACUGAAACAAAGGCUGGAAUGUAACUUCCUCUUGACCUUAAUGUCAGGACCAGUCUCAAAAGUGGGAAGAAGAGUCCUGAGAAUUUGUGGCUGGCAGUUUCCUGGGCAGGGCAGGAUGACGGCAGUCCAGCCUUGCUGGCCGUGCUGUCUUCAUAUGACAAAUCAUGGCACCUCUCUCACUACCCUCUUUCCCCAACCUCGAAGGAUAUUGGUGUUAGCACUUAACAGAGGAGAGAGAGACGAGAGAAGAAAGUGCAUGUCCAUUUGCAAAGAAUGUUGAUGUUUUGCUGUCUGGCCUGGGGUUUGACUCCUUUGGAACACUACAUUGACAGAAACACUGUUGUUAAUUUUGGUGUGCGUGCGUGUGCCUGAUUGGAAGCAAGUGGUUAGAAGGGCGGGGGGAAGCAUUGCUAGUGAAGAGAGAGAAGUGCAAGCCUGUAGACUUCCCUUUCUUUCUCCUUGAAAUUGGAAAAGGCAAGCUAAGAGACAGCACCAGCGGAAUAUUUGGAAGGCUUCCUGCUGCCGUUUCACUCGGGUCUCUUGGAGUAGCUGAAUAAACUUGUGUGGGAGACGCAGAGCCUGGAAAGAUCUGUUAAAAAGAGGGUUAAAGGGGGAAAACAAAGGGUUUGUUUCUGACCACUUUGGUGCAAAUGCUGUAAAUGCCCCCGGGCUGAGGGGGAAGCUCUUAGCCAGCCUCCUUUUGGGAGUUCAGAGCGCUCUGCCCUGUCAGAAAGGUGGCAGCAGGUUAGGGGGUGACCGCCAUGCCAUGAGAAAGAGAGUCUGAUUGGAAAUUCUUAAAACCUUUGAGUGGAGCAUCCACAGUGAGGUUUGUUGCCCUGCCUACAACCCUGAACCCUUGCCAGCCUGCCACCGUGCAGUGCCGCCACCCCCCAGCGCCUUCCCAAGCGGCUGUGUCCACUCUCUUCCCAGUCGCUGUCAAUGCGUGGCCGGCACGUGGAGGGAGAGGCUGAUGCGCCAGGGGAGCCCCUUGCCCUCUUGCUCUUCUCUCUCACCCUGGAAGCCCCCGACUGUUCCUCUCAGCCCUUCAGCCUGUGGCCAUUUCCCUCUUUUCCUAGCCGAGGCUUGUGCUGGGUCUGCGCACAGCUUGGCGUUGCUCCUGGGCUCGUGUGAGCCUCCCGUUGAGGGAAACACUAGAAACGAACCACUAGGGAUCACCGGUCAGGGUUUCCGCACCGUGUAUGUGAAUGGGGAUUGUGUAUCAGCAGUGCCUGGUAAACUGCCCUGUUUGUGUGAGUGUGGGUGUGUGUGUGAGGGAGAGGGAGUGUGGGGUGUGGGUAUAUUUGUUCUCAUUAACAGGGCAGUUUUAACUGGAGUUUCCAUGGUACCACUGGGAGGACAGGGGAACAAUCCCUACUCCACCCUCACUGUCUUUUCGCACUUUAAAAUGAAACCUGUGGUUUAUUGCUGUUUUUAGCCUUUCAAGGAUAUUUGUGUUACAUUCGUUUGGUGGGAGUGCAAUUCCGGCCCUUCUCCCACCCGCCCCUCCUUCCCCCAAAUUACUCUUCCGCUUCCAUUCUGCUUCCUGGUACCCAGAGCCCCGUCGUCAGCAGACUCUCUCUCUCUCUUAUAAAUAAGCUGAAUUAUGUACUCCUUAUUUUAGAACCACAUUGAAAAGUUGUGUCUGUGUCAGAAUCGUGUGCUUGAAAGCCUCUCUUGCAAGCAUUCCUCCCUUGUUUUAUACUCUCGUGCAUUAACGAUGAAGCUUUUGUGUAAAUAAUGGAAAUGGUUUGUUUUAGAUGCUUACAAGGAAAAUGGAAUUAGCCCACCUCCCGUCAAUUAUGCAUGCGCGACGCGAAACAAACAAGCAGUCUUGCAGGGAGGAGGCUGAGGAGGCUGGAAAAGUUCCGUUCUGACUUUCUCCUUGGUGAAAAAAGGAGGGCUGAUGUCUCCCCCCACCCCCCAGCUGCAGUCUUCAGCUGUUGACCCAAAUGGGGUGUGGGGCGCACUGUUUCUUACCUGGAAUGGGGCUCUGUUGAGCAGCAGUGUGCGCUUCUGUGCCUUCUUUGGGGGUGUGCUGAAGUCUCCCUUAGACGGUGCUCUUGCUAGCAGCCCUUGGGAUUAGGGAAGGCAGCUGACCUUGAGUCCUCCCUUAAAUCCCAAGUUUGGCCUUGUGUGCGGCCAUUCGGACACGUGUUUGCUCUGAGGCCCCUGACGUAGCACCCAGCCUGGGAGACAACAACCUGAGACUGGAACUUGAUGUUGGCCGGGGAGAGGAAGGGCCGGAGGCUGUCCUGCGGUGGUCAGUCUGUGGCCUCAGUUGCUGUGCUUAAGACUGGGGGGG